GUUCAGUGUCCACUCCAAGACAAAAAAUUACAGGUAAAGAGAAUUGGAUUGAAGGCAAAAAAACAAAUAAUCAAAGUUUUAGCUAUGGUCCUACCCAUCUCUUGAGACACUGCCAGUCCAUGUGCCCGUGGGCGUGGGUUAUGUUUCACUUUGCCACAUCAAUCCAUCCAUCCUCACACUCCAACACCGAGCGAGCCAUGGCGAAGCCCGAGAACCGCACUAACUUAGCUUCGUGUUUCGUGGCCACCGUUUUCUUGAUCUUCCUUCUCAUUGUGGUCUUCAUCGUUUACUUCACUGUGUUCAAGCCGCAGUACCCCAAAAUCGCCGUGAGCGCCAUCCAGAUCCCUUCCUUCUCCGCCACUAACGGCACCGUCAACUUCACCUUCUCCCAGUACGCCUCCGUUAGGAACCCUAACCGAGGCACCUUCUCCCACUACGACAGCUCGCUCCAGCUUCUCUACUACGGCAGACAGGUCGGCUUCAUGUUCGUUCCGGCCGGAAAGAUCGCCGCCGGCAGGACUCAGUACAUGGCCGCCACCUUCACCGUUCAGUCCUUUCCCUUGGGCCUGGGGCCCACCUCCGUGGAUGGGCCUAGUAGUGUGGGGCCCACGAUGGAGAUGGAGUCGAGGAUAGAGAUGGCGGGGCGCGUGAGAGUGUUACACCUUUUCAGUCAUCACGUGGAGGCCAAAGCUCAAUGCAGGGUCGCCAUCGCCAUCAACGAUGGAUCGGUGUUAGGUUUUCGGUGCUAAUUUAGCAGUAAUUCUUUGUUUCUUUCACCUUUCCAUUUUGUAACUGUAAACUACUACUACUACUGUAACAGUACUUUUCAUCAAGGGUUACCAAAUUAGCGUUAGGAGCUAAAUUCAGCAUCCAAAGUCCAAUAUAUUGUAGCAGGAACUAUCUAUCUAAAUGAUAAUAAAUUGUCUUUCAAAAUUA